AUGUUUUUCAAGUCACUUCUCGUCCUUGCAGCAGCAGCUCUAGCUGCCAACGCCCAAUCCACGACUACGACAUCUGCAAUUGCAACUCCAAGCGGAGUUUCAGACUGUGUAAUUUCAUGCUCGAAUCAAGCCGCCUCCGCAGGAGGUUGCUCCAGCUUCACCGACCUUUCUUGUGUUUGCACCUCCACUGCAUUCCAGGCUGCUGCUGGCGCGUGUCUGCAGGCUAACUGCACUGCUACCGAUAUCGCUCAGGCACAAGCGCUUCAACAAUCUGAGUGUGCAUCACUUUCGGGUGGCUCUUCGAACACGACCACGAGCGGGACUGCAACUACGGUCCCGACAACGACCUCGAGCGGGACCUCGAGCGGGACAAAGACCCCCACAUCUCCCGUCUCCACUACUUCGUCUGCCAAAACUUCAGCAGCAACCUCGUCUAGUGCUGCCACAGGUUAUGCACUUACUCUCAACAGUGCAUUUGGUGGGCUCGUUGCCCUUGCUGGCACCCUUAUUGGAGCCGCGCUCGUCGUGUGA